GCGGGUUACAGUGGUUAAAAAGAAAGUACUUUUGCACACUCAUUAUUUCAUUUAGUUCUUGUAACAACCGGGUGGGGUAAAUAAAUCAGGAUCUCCAUGCCUCUGUUACAGCUAAUGUUCAGAGUCUUACAGUUACUACAGGCAGAGCUAAAAAACAGGACCAAUGUCUUCUUACUCUCCAUAUAAAAAACAAAAAACCUUCCCACCUAUUGGCUCCCUAAAUUCACCCUUCCACAUGUUCAGCUGCGCUGAGCAGGAAUCUGGUAGCCUCAGCUCUCGAUUCCUUCAGUUCAGAGAUGGUUAUAAAAUUAACAAAAACAGGAACACGGGAACUGGGAAAUGCUUCUGGUUGCGAAAGAAAAAGAAACUCAUCGGGAUGUUCACAACAAAAUAUAAUCUUUCAUUAAGGAGUUUGGGGGGCAUGGUAGAAUUCUGCUUCGAUGCACCCAGAGAAACCCCCUUUCGGCACGGUGAUUUUAUUGUAAGGCUGGCCUCUUACAGGCAGGUUUGGCUUCUGUGCCUGUUAGCCGGUUGCGGGAAUGAAAGCAAGGGUAGAACAUUUUGCUUGUGUAUCUGACCAGUAUCUGUUUCCUGGAGCUGUUUGAUUUGUCUAAGUUUUUCUGAAUCACCGCCACCAGCCCUGAGAAAUAAUAAAGCCGUACUUCUGAACCACUGCCUUGCAGGAACAUGCACAGCGAAGCCUGCUCUCCUUCACUUCCUGGAAGAGUAUAUCGACCCAUGCCCUCACGGGCACGGAGAAGUAGCACACAGAUGAUUUCAUUAUGAGAGCCAGAUGUAAAAGCCCUCACUGGGAGCCAGCAGGAGGAUCUGGGAUUCUAGGAAAGCUGUGAGGGUGUACUCAAGGGACAGUGUAUGCCUGCUUCCCGGUGUAGACUCUUUAGUUUAGCAGAGAUGAUCUCCAGUGAAAGGACGCCUCUGGGAAGCUUCGAGCCAAGAACAGAGUUAAUUUUAUCAAAUAUACAAAGCAGGAAGAAAUUUAUCGUAAUUUGUUAUAAAGUCAGAAUAGUAGCCACAGUUUGACAUUUUAAGAAAGCAAUCGUGAAUGGAAGUUAUAGAUUGAGGCAGAUGUCAGGUCACAAACAGGGUGCCAGGAGAAGUGUGUUUAUGCCAGAUUUCUGAACUGGAUUAAAAAAAAACAAACUUAUUUCGGCCAGGUCAGUUUACAAACAACCCUACACACACACACACACACACACACACACACACACACACACCUUUUACCUUUAGGAGAAAGGGAAACUUGAGUUAGUAUUUAUCAAAAGAGAUAUUUUACCCUUUUCAACCAUUAACUUUUUUUUUAAACAGCCUCGAUGUGUUUUCAUAAAUUGUAGAUUGUGGCUUUUUGUGCUGUUUGAAAUUGAAGAGAACGGUGUCUGUCUUUGUAUUCCUAGAGCAAAGUAGAAAGGGAACCCAUGACCAGAAAGAUAACAUCGAGUAGGAGAUUGUAAACAUACCUGAGGGAGAUAAUGUGGGCAGGCGGACAAACAGACUGUUCCCAUUCCCGGGGAGGAAAGGGGUUAAGGAGAGCUCCACAAUGAAGCAGAUUUUUUAAAACCCACUCCUUCCAAGUCCUUCAGCUCAAGCUGCAGUCAAAUAUUUGCAUAAAGAGCUAGUGAAGGAGUCCAGCUUCCUGGUUCAUGACAUUACAGCAUGGAUCAUUUUCAAAAUUAACACCACCUCCUGUUUCAGCGGUGGCUGAGUGUGCAGUCUCUGGGUGACAUGGUGCAUGGGACCGUCCGGAGGCAACAGCGUCCGUCUUUCAGACCAAGUCCUACCAUCUUCUACAGGGCUGUGUUUUGAGCCUGAACCAGUUUCUUCCACACCCAGUUAUUUUCAACCCCGAGAAUUUUCCAGUUGUGUUUCUUGUGAGGAAAACACAAGCUGCCUCAACCAGAUCUUUGAUUCCUACCUUCAGACAGAGACACACCUGGACCCUUCGCUCACUUCCGCGCAAAGUGCUCCACACUAUUUCCCUGACAGCUUCCAAGCCGCCCCUUUCUGCAUUAGCCAGAGCCUGACCCCGGGAUCGCCUUCUGAUUCCUCCACUCUCUCCGGUUCCUUAGACUACAGUUACUCGCCGGCUCAGCUACCGUCAUAUGCUCCAGAGAAUUACAAUUCUCCCCCUUCUCUGGACACCAGGAACUGUGGCUUCCCCUCCGAAGACUACUCCUAUGCCCACCUGCCCCCGGACGCCCAGUACGACUGCUUCUCCUCGGCCGGCACCUCCGUCUGCUACUGUGCGUCGUGUGAGGCAGAACACUUGGACACCAUCAGGGCAUCGGAGUACUUUUCCUACCCCAGCUCAGACUACAUGAACUUUGCCCCCUCUGCAGCGGCCACCAGUGAUUUCUAUAAGAGGGGGACAAACUGUGACAUCUGCUAUAGUUAAUGGCAGUUACGGUAAUUCAGAACAUGGUAUACAUAUCUGUUUUUCGGCCACCCCAAAUGACAACUCGAAAUAUCCAACCCAUUGACAAAACGUCACAAGCCCAGUUUGCAUGUCACCAUUUUCGAUUUUCCGAUGCUCACGAGGCAUUAAUAUGAAGUCCUCAGACCUGAUCACUGUGUCACUCCUAUUCUAUGUGCUUACGGUUAACAUUUUUGUAGGGAAUGUUCAGCUGUGUUACUUUUCUAUGUAAUGAACAAAUUCUAAUUUUUUUUUACUAAUAAAUUUUGUAUUAUUAAAAAUUG